AAGAGAAAUAAAGAUAUUAAAAGAGUAGAGACAGAGAAAAAAAAAGAGAGAGACAAAGAAGUUGGCCAUGGCAACGAAGUCAGUUUCUACCUUCGCCAUCUAUUUCAUCCUCGUUUUGGUUAUCUUUGCAGAAACGCCUGAGAUAGAAGCGUAUGAUAGGAAGUGCCUGAAAGAAUACGGCGGCGAUGUGGGUUUCAGCUACUGUGCACCUCGAAUAUUCCCGACGUUCUGUGAUCAGAACUGCCGUAAGAACAAGGGCGCGAAAGGUGGAAUAUGCCGUUGGGAAGAGAACAACGCUAUUGGUGUUAAAUGUUUAUGCAACUUCUGCAGCGAGGAGCCUUCUUAUAAGAUUCUAAGUCGUAUUUGAAUCUUGCAUGUGUCAUGGUUUGUGUAACAACAAAGGUAAAUGGUCCACGUAAUAAUAUAAUAAUGAAUAAGUGAAAUAAAGAGUAACAAAAUGCAUCCUUUGACUAAAUGGACUAUAAGUGCGACUUCUCUUUCC